AAGGUUGGUCUCGACGGUCGCGAACACGAACAAGUUGACGAAGCUGUUAUCAAGCAACUACAGAACAUCUUUGCAGAUGUUUCCAGCAAAGAGCAGCAGAGGCGACACGAAGCGAAUAAGAACACCACAUGGUUCGGGGUGCACCACGAUGAAGAUCAACCUUAUCUUGAGCACACAAACCGUCUCGUUGAUAUAUUGCAAGACGGACGGAGGGGAGUGCAUGAUGAGAGAUUCCCCCAUCUUGUCUCGUUCGUUGGACAGACGGGGGCCGGAAAAAGCACCAUCAUCAAAAUGCUGAUGAACUAUACCCAAGAUGGUGUCUAUAACCCAAGAGGUUAUCCCGCUCCGGUUCCUGGCCUAGUGGGUGACAAUAUAUCGACAACUGGGAACGUACAUCUCUACGCGGAUAUGCAAACGUACGACUCAAAGCAACCGAUACUGUAUGCUGACUGCGAAGGGCUGGCUGGCGGUGGGAAUCGCCCUCGGGGCCUGGUUCGUUGGGAGGGGUUGGAAAGCGUGAAGCAUCCUCGGACUUACGUCAAGCAGAAUUUGAGGGCGUUGACGCGGUUGAAGUUGAAGUGGGCGGAUAUUCCAUCAAGAAGUCGUCGCGAGUUCGCGGUUACGAACCUUUUCCCGCGAAUUCUCUACACCUUUUCAGAUGUCGUGGUAUUCGUCUUGCGCGAGGCUAGAACAUUCGAGUCCCAUGUGUUGAAACUUCUCAUUGAUUGGGCAGCAAAAUCCAUCGACAAAUCCGUCAAUCAACCAAGUCGACCACACAUCAUCAUUGUUCUCAAUCAAACAGAUCCCGCCAUCAAUGAAGAGGAGUGGAAUCCAAACCAUGCGACAGAAAGAUUACUCAAUGAUUUUGCAGAUUCGGUGAAGCAUAUCGGAGCUUUGAAGGAGGUCGUUGCCAAACUUGAGGGCGCCGGACUUAUGAUCAACACUACGAAAGACCUUCUCGAAUUUUAUUAUUCUUCGAUCACAGUGGUGAGAAUUCCCUCAAAAGGUCGGUAUAUGCAAAUGUACACGCAAGUCAAACUGCUACACGAGGCGAUCGGUAGCAAGUGCUCAGAGUCCUAUCACCAAAAGCAGACAAUCCGGAUGGCGCUCAAUUCCGAAAGACUCCCCCAGUAUGUCAAUAAGGCAUAUCACCACUUUUCUCGACACCUGGAUAAGCCAUUUGACUUCGUUGAAGAGGCACACAGACACAUGCCUUUGCCAAAGAGCUUUGGUGAGCAUAUGUUGAACCUCAUGCUCUCCAUAUACAAGCACUCUCGAGACAACAUCACGACGACGUUCACCAAACUUUGCCGUCCGGUUGCAGCAUGUAUCAUGUUGGCCGCUAUGCGAGACAAUAUCCAAGGGCCUUACUCAAGCAUACUUCACAAAGCCUACAAGAGUACUCUACAAGAUGCCUUCUUCCAAUUCUGCAACUCGUGGCUACGAUGCUCCUUUCAAAGAAACUCUCAACAAUGUUGCAAUACCAAAUAUGCCCAUGAAAAGGGCCACCAGGCGGAAUCAGGCAAAUUACUCUCUAAAGGCGCGUACCAAUCUCCAUUCGAUGCCAACUCGUCAUUUUCAGAAUGGAUUCGAAAUAUCGAUCAUCAAAUUCGCAAUCUCAAUGCUCCUGUGGAAAUCAGUCACCGGGAUGAGAGGGAUUUCGUCCCUGUCAUGCACCGAAGCGUGAUGAACGAUUUUUACAACGAGACGGUGGCUAAGCUGGAGCUCAAGAGCCAUUUGACAUGCUUGUACUGCUUGCAAAAGAUCCCCAGCAAUCCACUGCCAUGCGGACACAUGCUUUGCAAGGCAUGUGUCCGGUCAUGUGGAGAAACGCGCGGCCAAGGAAUAUAUCAGCUCAGAGAAUGUCCCCUUCAUCCCACGGAAACACGAUGGCCAUCUCCAGUCUACAUCAGGUUCAAGCCGCAGGACGCCGGUGUGCGGGUCUUGUGCCUAGAUGGGGGUGGCAUCAGGGGCAUUGUCGAGCUUGCCAUCCUCAGAAAGAUGGACGAUGUGCUCGGAAACCACGUCCCUAUUCAGAAUUUCUUCGACCUUAUAGUUGGUACCAGCACCGGCGGAAUCAUCGCCCUUGGUCUGGGAGUCAAGGGCUGGACGGUCGAGCAGUGUACCACCCAUUUCAAGAAUCUCUGUCGGCAGGCAUUUACUCCCCGCGGUCCUAGUUUGUUGAAACCUUUCACAAUUGUUGGUUUCAAAAGUUACUACCGGACUAAGCCUCUGGAGGCCGUGUUACGAUCUGCUUUUGACGACAAUACGUCCUUGUACGGAGAUCAUAAGGUGGGAUCUCCAGCAUCUAUCCGAGUUGCAGUCACAGCCACAGCCGCAAGUGACGGCCGCCCGACCAUUCUUUCCAACUACAACACAGAGGCUGAACGCAGUCAUAUGCCGUAUGGAUUCUUACGACCCCAUGAUCCCAACAAAGAGCUGAAAGUCUGGCAAGCCGCUAGAGCUACAUCUGCCGCUCCGCCGCAUUUCAAAGACUUCACCCAUUCUGAUGCAUCAUACAUCGACGGCGCAAUGCAUUAUAAUUGCCCAGUCGAGGUUGCGGAUCAAGAGCGGCGUCUACUGUAG